UAGCAACCGGUAGCGUGUUACUAUGUACACCACAGGGAUGCCUGCUAGUUGGUGAACCAGCGAAUACCUCUGACUUUCUCUACCGGGGAUGGCUAAAGAACACAAAAUGAAAAGUUCUAACAGAUUUACACCAGAACCAACGCUAAGCAAAGUGUUAGGACAGUCCUCCACGUCCAGUGUAGUGUCAGAGUCCGUCACAGAGCCUGACGAUGGACGAGACUCCUCGAGAUCUGCUGCGUGUUCCUCCAAUGCUGUGUCUCAGCAUACGAAUGAUCAUCGACCAAACAAUGAGCAUGAUCAGUGCCGUAAAGUUCCCAUACUUCACCAUAUAAUCGUGGAAAGAUAUGAGGGUGAUAAGUGUGGAGAAAUGUUUCAUGGAGAAGGUGUCGCUUAUUUUCAAGGUGGCCAUAUUUACAAGGGUAGUUUUUCACAUGGGUUAAUGCAUGGCUCUGGUGAAUAUAUCUGGUUGGAUGGUUUAAAGUAUCAGGGUGAUUUUAAAUGUAAUGUUCCCAUGGGACAUGGGACUUACACCUGGCUAGAUGGCAGCACUUAUGAGGGAGAGAUACACCAAGGUAUCCGUCAUGGUGUCGGGAUGUACAAAUGUUUCAAAACCUCUACUGUGUACAGAGGACAGUGGUAUCUGGGCAAAAGACAAGGGCAGGGGGUAAUGUACUAUAACCAAGCAUUCACAUCAUGGUACAAAGGAGACUGGGUGAACAACCGCAGAGAGGGCUGGGGAAAGCGGUGUUACCCAUCUGGCAAUGUGUAUGAAGGACAAUGGAAAAACAGUGUUCGACAUGGAGAAGGAACAAUGAGAUGGGUUCAGCUGGAUCAGCAAUACAGUGGACAGUGGGUAAAUGGCAUCCAGGAUGGAAAAGGGACGCACACAUGGUUCUGUAAAAAAGUUCCAUUCUCUCAAUACCCUCGUAUGAACGAGUACACAGGAGAAUUCGUUCAGGGCAUGCGUCAUGGUCGAGGACAGUUCUUAUAUGCCAGUGGGGCUGUGUAUAGUGGAGAGUGGAAACAUGACAAAAAACAUGGACCGGGGAGGUACACUUUUGAAAAUGGACAUGUAUAUGAAGGAGAGUUUAAUAAGGACUGCAUGGCUGAAUUUCCUGCCUUCACUCCUGGCCUGAGUGGGAUUACGACUCCUUUUCCAGAUGAGAGUAAAGUAUUAAAUGAUUCAUCCAAGAGAUCUUCACAGUCAAGCACAAACUCACCGCUCGGAUCUGACAUGGUUUUGAACAUCCAGACCCUGUUAAAUAGAGUCCCUGAGGCCCACAGAGAUCAAGAACUCAAACAGGUGGAAUAUGCAGUGCUGAGACACAUUGGUUUGUUAAGGGAAAUAUAUAGCUUCUACAGCAGCCUUGGACAUGAGCAGUCUCCAGACAACAUAUUCCCACUGACCCAUUUGCAGUUCUCUCGAUUUCUCAUGGACUGUAAAGUUCACCAGCACAGAGUCACGCAAGCGCAAAUAGAGCGUCUCAUCACUGAUCAGGUUCAUUCUCCUUUCACUGCCAUUCUACCAAGAGAGUGUAUCAGCUAUAUUGUCAUUGUAGCAUAUCAUAUUUGCCACAAAGAUAUUGAGUCUUCUAAUAACAUACUCGCAACAUGUUUUUCAAAGCUCAUGAGGCAGAACAUCAUUCCCAAUGCAAAGAAUGUGAAAGGCUCUCUGUUCUGCCAUCCUGUCCAUGCUGCGGUUGCAUGUCAUUACUCAGACAGAUGCUGGGAAAUUUACCAGGCUCUGUGUAAAGCAAAUUCAAUCCAGCCUAACCAAGUCUUGACUGCAAGGCUAUUUGUCUGGUUGCUCAAGUCCUGUUCACAGGACCUCUGUCUGUAUGACAGUGAGCUAACCGUGUCCAAAGUGUUAGAGAUCCUCUCUGUGGACAGUCCUGCAAUUCAUGAUGGAAUCUACAGCAACCUGGACCUAGAGAUAAGCUUUCUGGAGUUCUUUGAGGCAUUGUUGGGCUGUGCUGAGGUGAAAGGCCAGAGAAUCCAAACUGAUGUUGAGAGCCAGACUGACACAAGUCACUGGGACGACACUGUGAAGAAUAUUACAGAGCUGAGUUCAAAUCAGUGGAUCAUUAUCUCAGCUUGGGAGAAAGCUAACCAGACCAUCUCCAUUAAGGCGGUCUCAUCUUUUGAUAUUUUUCAGUCAUCCCUAUCUGAGGAGAUGGAGCAAAGACAAAGUCCUGUGCUUGCUUUCAAAGAGAAGGACUGGAUACAGAAAACUCAGCAGUUCUUCACUCAGACCUUCUUCCCUGCAUAUGAGCACAGUGUGAAGCUGAAGGAGAAGAGACUCAAGUUGAGAGAAAAGAACAGAAUUGCUCUUUCAGAUGCUGACAAACCAAGGCACACAGAGCAGCUGGAGGCUGAGGAGAGACAAGACGAAGAAGAGGCUCCAAACAACGAUGUUAAUCGCUCACCCCCCUUCCUCCCAUGACCUGUGUGUCCUCUACUACAUCGGUCAUUUCAAAACAGUAGUUAAUUCACAGAAUAGAAGUACAUCAAUUUUUGUUCUUAUGAUUUUAAUCGGCAUUCACAACAAUUUUGACAUUUAAAAGCCAUAAAAAACAAUAUUUUCUGAAGUCAAAACUGCAUAGAAAUAUUAUUGCUGUAUGUAAAUGUGCUCAUUAUAAAGUACAAAAAGUGAGUAGCAAACAGAUAAACAAGUAUCAAAGGUAUCUAGUUUAACAAAGCAAAAAAUAAAAUAAAACUAUCCAGAUUUAAA